AUGUCUCCUUCUAAGAAACUAGAGGCUGAUGAUAACCUUGCAUUGCCUGCUGGGGCCGUAACAAAUGUUCCACCAACCUACAUUGAUCCCAUUUCCAAUGCUCAAACCUUUUCUGGGCUUGAGAUUUUGGAGGGCUGCUGCCCUAUCAUCGACCUGGAAGCCCUUCACGGUCCUCGCCGCGCCGAUAUCAUCGGACAGCUUGGCCAUGCAUGCCAGCACUAUGGUUUCUUUUUGGUGAAGAACCAUGGAAUUCAAGAGACAAUGAUCAAUGACAUGAUAGGCACGACAAGGGAGUUCUUCAAUCUGCCAGAAGAAGAAAAGAUGAAAUCCUUCACUCCUGACCCUAGCAGCGGGAUCAGGCAUGAUACCCCCUUUCAAGACAAGACUAAUGUCUUUGUCUCUAGAGAAUCCUUGAAAUUUCCCAGCUAUCCUCUGGAAGAUUAUGUAAAUCUAUGGCCUUCAAACCCUGCAUCUUUCAGGUAA